AUGGCAAGCGACACAGAUAUUUCUAUUUCUUCAUAUAAUGAAGAUCAGGGAUCUAAAAUCAUCCAAAAAUCUAGAGAGGCACCAUUUGUCCCUGUUGGAAUGGCAAUUGUUGCAUAUGGAUUAUACAGAUUGAAGAACAGGGGAAGUACUAAAAUGUCUAUUCACCUGAUCCACAUGCAUGUGGCAGCCCAAGGCUUUGUUGUGACAGCAAUGACUUUAUGA